ACAAUUUAACCAGGAGACCUCUAGGUGGAAAAUUAUUGUGAUGACGUCUCAAAACAUGCUAGCUUGCGUCUCAGCUGUACAGUCGAUGCUAAAGUAGACGUAUAAUCGACAAGAAAAUAGUAUUACGAAAAGUUUAAAGGUGAAAUAAAUAAGGCUAAAUAGUUUUGAGAAGUAAAACAUAUGACGGACGUAACCCCAUCGAGUUAUGUGGCGUACAUUCAGGUCUUAGCAUAUUAGCACUUUUUUCAUGUUGUAAUUCAGAAUUAACCUGGUAACUUAGUCAGUGUGAAGAAGACCAAGCCCAGCCAAGCCGAAGCUGACAGCAGUGCUGCUCCCAUCUUAGUCAUGCACUGAAGCAUAACAAAUCUGCCCGCAGCAGCAAAGCUAACAAGACUUCAAACUCGCGAGCUCAUGCUCAUUUGAGCUUAUUUCUAGGGUUCCCUUAAUACCCAUCUACCUCAGAUUUUUCACCACUUCUUCACUGCACUGCCACCUGUUUCAUUGCUUGAAGCCAUGGCUGCAAACAGGAAUGCUUUGGCCCUUCACAAAGUGAUAAUGGUCGGCAGUGGUGGCGUGGGCAAGUCCGCACUAACACUGCAAUUCAUGUAUGAUGAGUUUGUGGAAGACUACGAGCCCACUAAAGCUGACAGCUACAGAAAAAAGGUGGUUUUGGAUGGAGAGGAGGUCCAAAUCGACAUCCUCGACACGGCAGGACAGGAGGACUACGCUGCCAUUCGGGACAACUACUUCCGCAGCGGAGAGGGAUUUCUUUGUGUGUUCUCCAUCACAGAAUCUGAAUCCUUUGCUGCAACUGCUGAUUUCAGAGAACAGAUUCUUCGGGUGAAGGAGGAGGAUAACGUACCUUUCCUGCUGGUGGGAAAUAAGUCAGACUUGGAGGACCGACGGCAAGUCGGGGUGGAGGAGGCCAAGGCCAGAGCAGAGCAGUGGGCAGUCAGCUACGUCGAGACUUCAGCCAAAACCCGUGCCAACGUAGAUAAGGUGUUUUUUGAUCUCAUGCGUGAGAUCAGAGCCAGAAAAAUGGAAGAUGGCAAAGAAAAAAAUGGAAAAAAGAAGAGGAAAAGUUUGGCAAAGAGAAUUCGAGAAAGAUGUUGUAUUUUAUAACAACCGAGUCGCACUAGAAUGCUAACACCUCUUCUCUUACCCUUCCACUGCUUCAAAAAAAAAA